AGAGAAAUGUCUUUCGAUGGCGAUCACACAAAGGUCUUGGCAAAAGAGGCUGCCAAUAGACCCUUGUCUCUUGUUCUGGUUGAGACAGGUCUUCUAGUGAUUAUAGCAUUGACCGCUCUCGUUGGUAACAUCUGCGUCCUGUAUGUGUUCUUCAAGARGCCUCGUCUUCGCACAGUCACAAGCUACUAUAUCAUAGCCUUGGCCAUUUCAGAUGUUGCACAGGCASUAUUGAUGAUGCCCCUUGCGAUAGCAUUGUCGUGUGCUGGAAAAGAUGUAAUUGGCCAUUCUUUAGGACAAAUCAAAGGGUUUAUCUGCGUUUCCCUCGUGGUUGGCAAUCUCCUCACCACCGCCCUUAUUGCCUUCAAUAGAUUUUUCUGUGUCGCGYAUCCGGCUCUGUACAGGAAGCUGUUCAAGGCGGAUAAACUAGCUCUAGCAACUGUUAUUGGAGUCUGGAUUUUCGUUGUACUUUUAACAGGUUUUUUUGUCUUCAUGGGAUGGGUUGGGUUUGAAUAYUUUCCAGGGAUGCAUUUAUACUUUUUGGUACUGACGAAGAGCUCAGCAGUUUUUCUUCUCGCCUUCUAUAUUGUCCUUUGCAUCGUAUUCCCUCUCACAUCAUGUCUUCUUUGCUACUGGAAAAUUUACAAGCAAGUCAAAAGUCAAAAUGCAACUGUCUCGUCGACUUUAAAUUCAAACACUGCAAACGCUUCUUCGUUGUCUAAAGAAGAAAUUUCUGUCAGUUUGUCGUUGUUGGCUUUGGUGAUUAGCUUUAUUUUGUGCUGGAUUCCUUCUAUCAUUGUUUAUUCUUUGGCGGUUUUUAUGAAUUUACCGCGUUUUGUUGAGCUAAUAUCAACAUAUGCUGUAUAUGCGUCCAGUACRAUUAACCCUAUAGUGUAUAACGUAUUUAAUAAGCCUUUCAGAAAGGAAUUUUGUGCUGUAUUUUUGAAAAAAAGGCCGGUGGUAGGAGCUUCAUCAACGAGCUAAGGCGGCGUUUACACGAGCAAUUUUUCCUUAACAAGUUUCUUGACAAGCAAAAAUUGCCCGGUGUUAAUGGUCAACAUUUCCUUUCGAAGAACAAUGAUAUAAGGAUUUUGAGGCACGGAAUAACUUGCGAGCUAUAGGGAUUGAAAAAAACUUGAAUUGCUAAUAUUAUACAACAAAUUUCCAAUGGGAAUUUUGCGAGAAUAAAUUCUCUACUUUGAAAUCUUUUCACAAGUUGCAUUUGUUUCUAUUUUUAYGCAGCGAUAACUUUCGAUAAUUUAAGUAGACUGGAACUGAAAUACUGAAACCUAAGGGACUA